AAAAAAAAAAUCUUGACAUGCGCAAUAAAGUGUGUUGCUUUCACGUGCCGUUGGAAAGGUUAGAGCACUCAAACGGCGUGUCCUUAACGUGUCUAUUAAAGCCAGAUUACAGCACAUGUAGUACAAGAUGUAAAACAAAAAGAGUGAAAAGUUGUAAAUUCGUAUUUUCCUCUUGCUUUUAUAAACUUCAUAAGCAUGGGGAAGUUUUUAUUUUUAUUUUUUUACACACUUGAGAAGUUCACGUUUUCGAGUCUUGUCUUGGCAUGAACUCAUCAAAGGUAGCUAACCUCAGGAGUAUGGGAAGUGUCGAAAUGUAAACAAGUUUUGUAAGUACGCCUCGCUGAGCUUUUGUGCGCAAUUUUUAUGUGCACGUUAACGGAGGUAUGUUGAAUGACGGAUGUGUAUUUAAAAAGCACAGGACAGACGGUAACCGACGUUAUGUCAGCGUUCGACAGAGCCGCGGCGGAGCUCACCGUGGUGGAUGUGUACGACAUCGCGGCGGUGCUCGGCCAUGAGUUUGUGCGAGUCAUAGACCGUUUUGGGUGCGAGUGUUUAGUGGAGGUGGUGCCCAGAGUUGUGCGGAUUCUGGAGUUCCUGGAGGUUCUUGUAAGCCUUGGAUCCACCGGACAGGAUGCCGAGGAGCUGCGGAGGGAGCUGGACAGGUUGCGCCAGGAGCGGAGUGACAGAUAUGAGCAGGAGAGGAAACACCAGAAGGAGCUGGAGCAGGUGGAGGAUGUGUGGAGAGGGGAAGUCCAGGACCAGCUCUCUCAAAUCACUCAGCUUCAAACCGAAAACAAGAGGCUGCUGGCGAGUCUCUCUCUGAAAGAGUCCCCAGCCACAGAUGUGGAGCUGCAGGAACAUGAGGGAAUGUCAGAGAAGGAGAGCCAAGUGAGCAAGAAGCUGAAAGACUUGGUGGAUAAACAGAGAGAUGAAAUCAGGGCUAAAGACCGGGAGCUGUCACUAAAGAACGAGGACAUUGACGCACUCCAGAUACAGCAGCAUCGGAUCAUGAGGAUCAACCAGGACCUUCUUCACAGAAUUGGAGUGAUAGAGGCUCAGUGCAAAACGCUGAUUCAGCAGAGAGCGGAGCUGGAGAACUCGGCCCAGGCUCGACAGCAGGAGUAUGGAGCUCUGCAUCUGGAGGUCACAAGGCUAAGAAAGGAGCUUCAGGAGAAGGAAUUUGAAAAACACAUCUCUGCAGUUGACGAGCUUCCUUUUUGUAGAUCUGAGAUGUCAUCCCCAUCAAUCACACCAAAAACACUUUCUAACUCUGCAAAGCCAAAGUCCGUGUGGGUCGAAUGCAGAGGGGAUCCUGGCUUUGUGGCAAAGUGCUUAGAGUGUGACAAAAGCCUUUCCCUUCUGCCCAAGUCUGCAAACAAAGACAAUAAUGGGAACGCCAAUCUAGAUGAAAACAUGAGGGGAUCAGUGGAUACAGAGCCAGGAGAGGAAUCCGACAACUCAGAGCCAGAGUCGGACAAACCUCGUUUCACCUUGGAAGAGCUGCGUGAUGUCCUGCAGGAGAGGAAUGAACUCAAAGCCCAAAUGUUCCUGCUCCAGGAAGAGUUGGCAUAUUAUAAAAAUGAGGAGUUUGAGGAUGAUAUCAAUCCUAGUGUCUGCACAGCUUCAGCUUCUCAGGCAACUUCAGCUGAUCAGCCUGAAUCAGGAAUCAGACGCAUAAUCUUCACUGCCAUAAUGCCAAUGGUGGCUGCUGGUUUCUUCACAGACGACCCCACCUUGUUGCCCAUCAGAAGACUAUCAUUUGUCUGAUCAUAAAUUAAAAUAAUUUAUUGCUCAUCUCAGGAAAUUUUGCCACCUUACACUUCCACAACAACUGGUUCAAUUGUGGAAUUAUUCAAUAAUUUUAAACAUAUUUUAUAAAUUAAGUUUCUUUAAUUGUCAUCACUGAAAGCUUUGUAUUAGGCUGAAUAUUUAAGAGUUUUAAACAAAUACCGUAUAACCCAUUCAAAUGUUUGAUGGAGAAUAAGUAAAAGAUCUUGUGCUUCACCUUAUUUUAUUUUUUUAACAUAAUGGUUUCUGACAAUUUGAUUUUUCAUGAUGUGCCUGUUUAAAAGCAAGCUAACAGGACAUGUUAUAUGAUUAAAGUUUACAUAAUUAUUAUCUAGAAUGUUAGUGUAUUUUCUGAUUGUCCUGGCAAAUUGUGUCUACAUCACCUCAGUGUUUUCAAUUUAAGGAGUGUAUGAAGCAUACAGGUAUUCUCUCAGGCACCUGUAAAAAACUGUUUGGUUGGAAUGACAUAAUACAUUUUUUUAUUUUUA